AUGGAGAAAGCAUUGCAUGCAGCUUGCAUGCUGCAGUCCCGUGCAUUCCACAUGCAGGCCGACAACUGGGUCACUGGAGUGGUCAGCAAAGGCUCACAGCUUUUCAUGCUGCCGGGCAUCGACAUGGUCAACCAUUCCUGUAACCCAAAAGACUUGAACACCACUCUACGCUACAUCAAGGUGGACUGUUCCAGUGAAGAAGCCAAUUGUUUGGGAGGAAUAUCAAAGCUGAAUCAGGAAAAGUGCAGUACUGCCAGCAGCCAUUCGUACUUCGUAAUGAAAGCAGAGCAAGACAUCAAGGCAGGCGAGCCGAUCCUGCACUCUUACGGCGACCUGAGCGACGGACAGUUGUUGCAGGUUUAUGGAUUCAUAGGAAGCACUGACGACCAUCAAAACCCACACAAUUGGGUUGCUGUGCCCUGGAAGAUUGUGAAGGAGAGCUGCUGUGACAUUGCAAAGCGAAAGGAUUGGCCUCUAGGUGAUAUCUGCAAACGUGAAGAUUUCCUGUGCAAUCAGAAGCUGCUGUAUUGCCCCGUUGAUGAAGUGCAAUUUGCUGUGGCCACUCACCAGGAACUGCCCAAAGAGCUUGUGACUGUUGUACAGAUUCUGCUCAUGGCAGCAGAAGAUUUUGCAGAUGUCGUCAAAGAAUAUGUGGGGGACUGCUCGUUGGAACCUGGCAAUCGUCCACUGGUUAUGGGUGAGCGAUACAUGGACAGCAGCGACUGGUCUGAGGUCGUUUGUCUUGCUCUUCUCAAGACACUGGACAUGUGUUUGUGCAUGUAUCCAACCACAUUUGAGGAAGAUUCAGCCCUCUUGGCAAGUGACAAGAUGCUUCCCAACAGCCCUCGUCGGCUGGCUGCAGUGCUGUUGAGAAUGGAGGAGAAGCAGAUCCUCAAAGCCGCCCGAAAGCAAGUGCUCACCCUGCUGGUGCGGUGCUGCAACGAAGAAGAUGAAGAAGAGAGUGGGGAUGGGAGCCACGAUUUUGACAGCGACGAGGAUGACGAAGGUGAUGGUGAGGAUAGUGAUAGCCUGGAGGACGAAGAUGACGUUGAGAAGGGUACAAAAACAGGCAGAAACAAACGGCAACGUACCAAUUGCUAA